CAGUGCCUUGAUUAGCCACUUUGACGUCGUCACAAUCUAUAUAUAGACCGUUUCAAAGCUGUUAUCUUGAUAUAAAGAAAAAUUAAUGGUUGGGCAACCUGAAACUUUAUUCAAUUCGAGACCGUUUCAAACAAGAAACGGAUAUAUAUAGCUAGAGUGACUUCUCUUACAUUUUAAAAAAAACAUUUCUUAAUAAAGAUGACGGAUAAUUAUGCCGCAGUUCGUGCAUUAUUAGGCAUUUAGAGAUGGUUUGGUUCUAAGUCAGAGCGCUUUCCCUGACAUGGCCACUUUAUUUCGAUUUUAGACGUCCGAGACUGAGAUUAUUGAUGCCUGAACCUGCCUGGUACGGGUCUCAAUCAAACAGGCCUUUUAGUUCCCGCGCUUCCGUUCAGGCCCCACGAGGACGUGAAAACUUAUCCGUGCCGCGCUGCGCACACGUCCCUUUUACCCUUGUCUGAACAAGUCCGCCGCUUCGUGACGCUACAAAUAGUUAGAGCACGGCCGAUCGAGGAACCAUCGUCCGAGUUCUGAACACCACCAUCUCGUGUCACUCCCUAGUAACCAUUAAUUCACUUGGCCAGUCCCGCUCCACGCACGCACGCACAGACAUGGGCAACACCGUGCCGCCGCGCGCGUCCCGCGAGGCCACCGGCACCGGCCGGAGGCUCGCCGGGACCGGGGGCAGGCGCUCCGUGAACGCCGUCGUCACCGAGGCGCCGCCUCCUGCCACGCCGAGCCGCCGCGUGGUGGUGGCCACGGCGCGCAAGCAGGGGUGGGACGACGAAGGCGACGUUGAGGAGGAGGAAACGGCGCGCGCGGGGCGUCCUCGUGCAGGAAGUGCUCUGCGGGCGGCUGCUGGUGGCGACGGCGCGGCCCCAACAACUCCGGCCGUGACCGCGGCCGGCAAGGUGCUGACGGUGAAGAUCGUGAUGAGGAGGAAGGACGCGGAGGCGCUGGUGGCGAUGCUGGUGAAGCUGAAAGCGCGGGAGCGCAAGGCCAGGAUGGCCGAGCUCGAAGGCGAGCUACGGACCGGGAGCUGCGGCGGUGGAGGCCGCGCCCACGCGAGCCCGGCAUGGAGCCGGGACGCGCGGAGGCCCAUGCUCCCGCCGAUUAAGGAGAACGACAGGUUUGAGCGCAUCACACCAGUGGCGUGCAUGACACCACUAGCUUGAUGAGUGCUGGAGUCGGGACGUGAGCAAGUUGUUAGCUACCUAAGUACGUCUCCUAAGCCACAGUUAGCCGUUUCAGGUGAGGAGUGUGUAUGAUGCGUUGCCGUUGCUCAUCACCCGGCGGCCAUGCAUGUCUGUACAUAUAUAGGAUAGGAGUGUAUUGUGGAAAGAGGUGGCAACUAGUGCUUGAUCAGAUUUACAAUUCUCUUCAGUACGUAUAUAUAUUUAGACCUUCGUAUAUAUAUAUACCUGGUGGUUCACUACCAA